UCUCUGUUUUAUUUAUUUAUUUUUUUGUAAUUUAUUUUAAAGAUUUAUUCCAUGACUCCAAGAAGAUCAUUUAAAUGAUUCGGAGUUUUUUUUAGACUUGAGUGUGAAACCAGAAGUUAAUCUUGACUUCAAACAUUCAUUAGCAUCUUUUCUGAAUUUCACUUCUUUUUAACCCCAUACCUCCUGUUUGUAUGUAAGACUCUUAAAUUCGAGCUGAGAUUAAAAAAAAAAAAACCCUGAUCAUGUUAUCAGGGUAUAAUACAACUGAUCUCCAAGGCUAAAUAAUACCAUAAUUUGAAGCAACUAAAACAUGUCAGAUGAGUUCAGAAAAUGACUAACUUUGAAACAGAGAGAUGAAUUUCUCUCUCCACUCAGGGUGGCUUCAGUGUGUCAUUGAGCCACCCUUUAAGGACCGCCCCAAAAAAUCCUGGAUGAAAACUGUUUUAACCUCCAACUCCACAUUUUAGUAAUAUAUCGUUUGAAGUCUUUUCACAUGUUUUCAGCAACUAUUUUCCAAUAUUUUUAAUGCAUUUUAUUGUGUUGGCUUUACACAGACUUUAAGUACUCUAUCCAAACUGUUACUGAGUUUUCACAAUAGAUCCAAAUCAUCAGCCUUCCUGCCCAGUCUGAACAUCAGUUCUUGUAUAACCGCACUCCAGUUUAGCUCUUGUAAACACGACACUCGCCCUUCACUCUGUGACUCCCACGCCUCUGCCCCCGGUGAUAUUUGUGAGCAGAGUGGAGCUCCUCUUUGCCCCUGCUAAACAUAGACAGUAUCGCUCUUCAUCACAACAUACUGCGGGUUACAAUGGACGGUGUCGUGUUACCACAGAUGCUGCUGUAUCUCACCAGUGACGCCGACCAAACAAGAUGACAGAUUUUUCUGUCUGUCUGUAUGCCUUUCUGUUGUGAUGGGCAGCUAUAGCUCAGUCCUCAUCCCCGAGACAGAAGAGUUUGAUUCAAUCGUGUCAAUUGCGGAGAAGCUGAAUGAGCAGGUAACGCUCAUGAUGGAGGAGGAAAGAAAAGAAAACCAGCAGGAAGAGCUAAACUCUUUAACACUUGAAGGAAACGGUCAGGAAACAAGUCAAAAUGAGUCCGCCGUGCCUGCCGCAGUCCCCCAAAGUGUGCCCGCGCAGUCCUUCUCCCAUCUCCUACCAAAGGCUCUCUCUGCCGUGCUGCACCCAAAACUGCCAUCAGGCCCUGACCUCGACCCCCAGCACAGCAGAGAUCCAGCUAAACACACUCGACCGAACCUGGAACAACUGCAGACAGAGCUGAGAGACCUGAGGGACCAGUUUGAUCAAAUAAAGAGUCAGCACAACAAAGAAAUUAAACUGCUGAUGAAUGAGCUUGAUGAGGAGAAAAGGAUUCGCUUGACUUUACAGAUGGAGAUUCAACGUAUGAAGAAGCACAUGUAUAAAUGAGUGGAGUAGAGAUCCUAAUUUGACAAGAUGUACACAUCUCUGAUAAAUCAUUCAUGCUCAAGUUAUCAUAUUAUUAGAUUUUUCUUACACUUUAUAUACUUAUUUUGUUGGACUGCCAAAUGUGCUGGCCAAGUGGACUGAGUCACUGUUGGAAGUGCAAAGGUGAGGCACAGUGGGAGCACACUUACACUGAGAGGACUAUCUGUUGACCAGUGGGCAGCCAUGUUAUACAUUCAGUUUGUUUUAUGUAUUUCUGUAGAUGAACUCAUCCUGAGGUGGUUUCUAAUGUUUUCUUAAGUGUUUCAAUGUUCCGAGGUUUGAUUUAUUAUGAAUGUUAUUAAGAUGUUUUGGAGAUGUUGGAUUCAUUUUAUUUUUUCUUUAGCCAUUAACCUGCAGCCAUGGGGGCUCAGCUAUUGUUUGUUUGUGCAGGUGUAUUUUUCAGUUUGUUACAUGGUAUGGAAAAAAUGACUGACCAAGCUGUCGAU